AUGAAUAUGUACAGCUAUGAAGCUUAUAAAACAGAUAAUUAGAAUGAUCAAAAAGUUUUUGAUGUUAAUAAUCAGAAUAAACUAGAAUUAGAAUAAUCCAAAAGUAUAUUCAUUAUAUUGAAUCAAUAGGUAUCAGUACAACAUAAAAGAGGGCAGACUUUGAAAGUAGUGUUUUUUCAGCCUUAGUGAUACAAAAUUUAUUUAUUCUAAUGAUGAUUUGUUUUGGUCUCUUUACUAACAUGUAGUUCUGGCUAGUUGAUUAGCCUUCUGAUAUUAUUGAUUUUUGUUAUUGUGGAUUUGGAAAUACUUACUAAUGUUAGGAUGAAUGUGUUUAUUCAUAAGAUGAGUAAAAUUAUCCAAAGCCAAUAGCUCUAUUUUAUUGUUCCCUUAUAAUUGGAUUAAUUAUGCAUAUUUGGUUAAAUGUUGGAUUAGCCUAAAUUCAAAAAGUAAAAUAAUUCCAUUCAUUCUUAGCAACAUUUUUUAAUAAUCCUUCUAUAUCUCGCUAUUUUAUGUUUAUUUUAUAUAUUUACUCUAACUACAUUUUCCAUAUUGAUUGCUUAUACUUUGGGAGUCCAAUUAAUUUUCCUAUCUUGGAUUAUUGACUUUGUAUUUAUUUUUUGUAUAGCCUUCUAUACAACUAGAACGAAAACUCAGGUUAAUUAUAAAGGUAAUAAUUAUUCCAUAAUUUAAGUUGGCACAAUCUUUAUUUUUAUUCCUACUCUUCUAUUUUUAAUUAUUUAUAUUAGCAUAUACCCUGAUUCAGCAUUAUAUAUUUGUUUGGACUGUUUUAUUGUGGCUAUUCAUGAAUAUUUCAUCAUAGCAGAAAUUAUUAGGUUUAGAAACAAAGAAGUAAUUUAUAAUAAUAUAAAUAAGGAAUUUACAUCAUCAAUACUUGAUAUCAUGAUAGGCUCAAGCUUACUCUUUGGAAGUAUCAAUUAGUGUGUCAUAAGUUUGAUUGAAUUAUGUUAAGGAUUUUUGAAAAAAUCAAUUUGA